GCCCUGCGAGAUUUGCUUGUAGAGCAGCGUCCACCUUGGAGUGAAGAAGUUUUGCAACUCGUGAGGCACUUUGUAUGAACCGGUUCCACCCAUCUCUCACAACAACAGAUCAUCGAUGCAUUUUUCUUAGAGCGCCUAACAUGUAUAAGCGUUAAACGAUGAUUAGCUUCAUAUUUUUUCCCAGUUUUUUCUCCCAUCACAUACGUUAUCUGUACAGUGCAGGGAUCGGUAGAACAUUUCAACAAAAAUAAAAAAAUAAAAUGCGCUAACGGUUAGACGAGCUCUAUGGUUUCACUCUUUUGCACAGGCAGAUCAGUUCCCAUUCACAACUCGUAUGGUACGGAUCGUGGUUCUGUGAUGGCAAUGGUGCGAUUAUUGUUGCUAGUGGUUUCCCUCUUAUGGGGAUUUCCCCAAGAUUGUGCAAGUCAAAGGUAUGCAAUUAUAGCUUCACGUACGGUGCGACCUCACACUAUCUACGAGCUGGUAGUGACAAAUUUAGCAACUAAAACGCAACAAUUUCUGUGCGAAAUUGUAAACUCAAAGGAGGUGGUUGUUGGUACGUCUGCGGUGGAAGUUAAUCCGAAUGCGCUAAAGAAGGUAGAAAUAUCUCUCGAAGGUUUGGAGGAUGCAAAAUAUAAACUGAAAAUUUGGGAAAAUCAAAAGCGAACCCUAAUAAACGAAACCGGGCUGGAUUACAUCGAGAGGAGCUAUUUGGUGCUAUUUCAGACUGAUAAGCCUUCGUACAAACCGGGCGAUAGAGUACAGUUUCGUGUAAUAUUUCUUUUCCCAAAUGCAUACCCGGUUCCGGAAACUUCCCGGCCAAGCAUUUUCAUAUCUGAUCCUGACAAGUUUCGCAUUAAGCAGUGGAUCAAUGGAUCACUCACGAGUGGAGUGUUCGAGGGUAGCUUCCAGUUGGCGGAGUAUACUACGCUUGGUUUGUGGACAAUUAGUGCCUCACUGAAUCAUCAGCUUUAUAAAGAAUCAUUCCGCGUAGAGGAGUACAUCUUGCCACUGUUCAAAAUUCAGCUACAAAGUACACCGCAAUCAUUCUUCCAAUGUGAUGAUCCUACCAUGUCUCUCAAACUAAUUGCUUCCUUUGUCAAUGGUGGCUUGGUAGUGGGCAAUGGCACCGUGGUCGUACGGGCCAAUUACAACAAUUAUCCUUCGCAGACAAAGGAGGUGGAACGCAAGGAGUUUACCAUUAAUGGAACGGCUAUUGUGAACUUUCCAACUGCUGUCGUUGCCAAUGACUGCGAGGAAGAGCGAAACGUUUGGUUCGAUGUAGAAGUUACCGAGAGUAGCACAGGGGUAAGCUAUAAUACCACCACCUUAUUGACGAUACAGACUACUGGAGGUGUUAUGAUGGAAGUAUUAGAUGAAAAUGAUGGUUUCUAUCCGGGUUUGCCGAUGCGACUCAAAGUACUCGUGACAGGGUUUGAUAAGAAGCCGCUGGCAGAUCAAAAUGUUACAAUAGAGUACGAAGUGUUGGAGGAAGAUGACACUAGCACGGAGGAAGCGUUUGCCAAGAACCAAACACUGCAGACCAAUAGCAAUGGGAUCGUUUACCUCAAAAUUCAUACCACAUCGAAAACGACUACAGUAAACGCGAAAGGCAUCUACAAAAAUAAAACUUUCCCAUUAGUCUAUGCUUAUCCGAUGUACGAUGCUGUGGAUCACGAAUAUCUUGUGGUACAAUCAGUUAAAGCAUACCAUAAAAUCGAAGAAAACAUCACUGUGGAUCUGUACUGCAAUGUAAAAGUAAAAAAAUAUUACUAUAUUGGCUACUGUAGUGGAAGAGUGUGUGCAAGCGGUGUUAAGGAAACGCUCCACGCGGUCAACGAUCAUCAGUUUACGUUCAUCGCGCAACCUAGAAUGAAGCCGCAGAUGAAGCUUUUGGUAUUUACUGUCAAAGAGGAUGGAGCCAUAUUAAGUUCUUCAAUCGUUAUACGAAUAUCAGCAACUGAUAAUCCUGUACUCAAUAUUACGAGAACUUCAACGGGAUCCAAUACCAACGAACACAAAUUCAGCAUUAUUGCGGAAAGGGAUGCUUUUGUUGGUAUGUUGGGUGUUGACGAGCGUGUUUUGCAAAGAGCAACCGUAAACAACGACAUUUCGAAACAUAAGCUGGAAAUGGCGAUGCGUGCACUAGAAGACGCAUCCCAUGAAAUGUGGACGCCUUAUGACAGCUUUGCAAGCGUUGGAGUACUGUUGCUAACGGAUGGAUAUCUUCCCGAUGUUGGCUACGUCCCACAUAUAGUUGAUGAGUUUGCACGUGCUGGAAAAAAUUACGAUUCUAGAACGCGGGAAGACCUUCCGGAAACAUGGAUCUGGGAAUCAGUGAAAGCACCAUACGGCCAUGCAUCAAUCGUGAAAUCACUUCCGGAUACUAUAACUACCUGGGAGGUGAGCGGAUUUUCAGUCGGUCCAGUUCAUGGAUUACAAAUUUUAAAGAAACCUCUGAAAGUAAAAACGACGAGAGAAAUCUUCGUUCAGCUUUACAUGCCUUCAUCAAUGAAACGUUUGGAGGAAAUUACGGCCCAUUGUCUUGUACAUAACUAUGGUGAAGCUAAAACUGUAUUGUUGGAGGUGCUUCCAAUGUGGCACACACACACUACACUGUUCCUUGCGAAAGGCGCAACGGAGAAUGUUCGUGUCAAACUCAAAUCUUCCAACGUCGGUAAACUAACUGUAAAAGUAAUUCUGAAGCAUACAAACCGAAAAGUAAUAGACACGUUGAAACAAACAAUUCUUGUUCGACCGGAAGGUUUAAUGAAAACUGUGGAAGAUGUGCGUUUGUUAGAUUUCACCCAACAAACCAAACUAAAGAAUUUCAAUUUAUCGAUAUCAGGAAUCCAAGGAGCAGGACAUAAAAGUUAUGAAGAGGUUACUCUUUCGGUGAUUGGAACGUUUCUUAAUUUAAAUGCAUUCGAUUUGGAGCAGAUGGCUAGAUCCUCCCAUGGCAAUGGAGAGGAGAACUUGCUGUUCCUGCAAAUUACAAUGGCUGUUUACGAUUACUUACAAAAGACAAACAGUUCGCACCCGGGAACUGAGGAGAAACUUCUUUCCUACAUGGAAGUAGCUUACCAGCAACUGUUGAGAUAUCGUUUAGCUGACGGUUCCUUCAGUAUGUUUGGCAGUUUAUACGAGUGUGGAGGUAUCUGGUUCACGGCCAGUACAGUAGAAUCACUUCAAAAGCUAUCCAACUACAUGAACAUAGAAAAAUCUCUCUUUGUUGAGGCUUUGGAUUGGCUCAAGUUGCAGCAUAACGAAGAUGGAAGUUUCAAUGAAAGCUGCACGAUCGCACAUCCACACAUUCAGCGUACGGGAGGAAAGGAACUUUCGCUUGCCAGUAGCGUUUUGUUUGCUUUCGUUGGAAGCGAUCAGAUAGGUCAUUAUACGCACCUCGUAAACAAAACAUUAUCGCUGCUACUGAGUUCUAACAUCACAGAUGUUUACCUAAUGGCAAAAACGACCUAUUUGCUUACACUUCUCGAUCAUCCUGAUGCCUCAAAAAUGCUUAAAACACUCAACAAGGAAGCCGUGACGGAUGGGAAGUAUCGCUACUGGAGCGUUCCUAAAAGCGACCCAACAUCAUCGACAAACUUUAGAGAUCAGGAAACAACUGCUUAUGCUCUUCUGGCGAAUAUGCGGCAAAAUAACAGCAUUCACUUGGAUGUGAUAAAAGUAGCCCAAUGGCUUCAAAAGCAUUGUUUUGCAGGAGAUCAUUAUGUAUCAUCGCUAGAGAGGGUCAUUGCUUUAGAAGCACUCGGUACAGUGGCUUCUCGUAUACAAAAAACCGUGCCCAAAAUGUACCUACAAGUCGAAAGGGGAAGUGUUAAAUUUGAAGUUAACUCAACAAACCAGCAACUGUUGCAAACGGCCACCCUUAAGAGUCACAUCCGCAGUUUGCGCAUGACUGCUAAUGGAAUUGGGUUGGUUUUAAUAAAACUAUCCUACCGAUACAGUCUGUCCAAUACCAAUCUCAGCACUGGGAAAUCGACAAAUCCAUCUACAAAUCGUGAGCUAAUCGAUGUACAUAUAAGGAAGAAAGCAGUGGCAAAUUAUGUAUUCGAAAUGGAGUUGUGCCUUACUUUGACCCGGCCGCUGCAUGCCUACCAAUCUUAUCUUUGGAAAGCUGCUUUUAAUCUCCCAACAGGAUAUGAAAUGAGUGAACAGCAGAAGCGUUACGAUAAUACUAUCAUGAGCUCGAUCCUGCUGGAGAAUAAAUCUCACCUGGAACUCGUAUACGGCCUAUGGUAUACAACGUGGGUUUGCGAAACAAUUUUUGCUAUACAACCCCGUUUGUGGUAUGCAAACGAUGCACGUGGAUUAAUAUCUAUCUCCUCGUUCGAUACAAAAGAUGUACUAUAUGUUUAUCAAUUUUGAUGAAAAUUAAACUUUGAGUGUGUCUUUUAAAUUAAAGUUUAACUAUCAUAAACUA